CACAUAUGGAUCAUUUAAAAGACGGAUGGUUUAGCGAACUGAGCGAGCUGUGGCCCGGACAAUGCAUGUCUCUUCAAGUGGAGAAAGUCCUUUUCCAUGAAAAGUCAAAAUAUCAGGAUGUCUUGGUUUUUAAAAGUAAGACGUAUGGCAACGUCCUGGUCCUGGAUGGUGUGAUACAGGCUACAGAGAGAGACGAGUUUUCAUAUCAGGAAAUGCUUGCACAUUUACCUCUGUGUUGCCACCCAAAUCCAAAGAAAGUGUUGAUCAUCGGGGGUGGUGAUGGGGGAGUGGCCCGUGAGGUCCUGAAACACCCUGAGGUCGAGAGAGUUGACAUGUGUGAGAUCGAUGAGAAAGUUAUAGAAGUAAGUAAAGAAUAUUUACCUGAGAUGUCAAGCAGCUUUGCUAAUCCCCGCUUGAAUCUCCAUAUCCAUGAUGGCUUCGACUUCAUGGGCAAACACCAUGGAGAGUUUGAUGUCAUCAUCACUGACUCCAGCGAUCCUAUAGGCCCUGCAUCAUCACUGUUUGAGAAGUCCUACUAUGAACUGAUGAAGAAGGCCCUCAGACCAGUCGGCAUCUUAUGUAGUCAAGGAGAGUGUGUGUGGCUUCAUUUGGAUCUCAUCCGAAUAUGCUGGACUUUUUGUAAGACCAUCUACCCUGUCAGCUACAGUUAUACCCACCCGAUACCAACCUAUCCUAGUGGCCAGAUUGGCUUUGUGUUGUGCAGUCUGAACCCAGACCCAAUCAAUGCUUUGAGCCAAGAGCAGGGUGAGAAGCUGAAACUCAAGUAUUACAACACUCAAAUCCAUAAAGCAGCAUUUGUGCUCCCAGAGUUUGCAAGAAGA